UGUUUUAUACUGACCAAAAAGACUAGAAACUUUCUAGUCUUCUUGAUACUGACCAAGUGAACAGAUUGAGAUUUGUCAUUUACGUUUGUUCAGAGUGAUUUAGAUAUUGAUUAUCAAAUUACUGAUCAAUCACUACAAGGAUGAAAAAGUUUACCUCUAUAACGAUUUUUAUAAUUACUGCAUCUGUCUUGAUUAUUGGAGAAGCAUCGAAAUUGUUACCAACCCAAACAAAUAAUUCAGAAGCUGAAGACAGCAUUGUACAAAAAAAUGAUAUGAAUAACCAAUCAAUAAGUCAAACACUAACAUACAAAACAUACUUUUGUAAUACAUCUUCUGUAUUUUACAUGAAAGAUGUUUGUAGCGAUUCUUCAACCUUGGGAAUUGAUUUGUCUAACAGAGAUUUAAUAUCUCUUCCACAAGGAGUAUUCAAUGAAUUGAUGUGUUUGAAUUAUUUAUUAUUAGUUUCAAACAAACUGACCAAAUUGGAGCUGAACACUUUUAAUACCUUGUCCGAACUGGAAUAUUUAGCAAUCAGGAACAAUACUAAUCUAACACAUCUUCCACAAGAUAUAUUUAAAGGAUUGAUAUCUUUAACUAGUUUGAAUCUAGAUUCAAACAAACUGAUAAGUCUUGAAAAUAAUAUUUUUAAUGGCUUGCCUCAACUGGAUUCUUUAUCUAUCAGUAAUAAUAAUUUAACAUCUCUUCCACAAGGAAUAUUUAAUGAAUUAAUAUCUCUAACUUAUUUAGGAUUAGAUUCAAACAAACUGUCAAGUCUUGAAAAUAAUACUUUUCAUAGCUUGUCCAACCUUGAUACUUUAGAUAUCAGUAAUAAUAAUUUAACAUUUCUUCCACAAGGAAUAUUUAUUGGAUCAAAGUCUCUAGAUUUUUUGGAUUUAUCAUCAAAUAAACUGACAAGCCUUGAUUCUGAUAUUUUCAAUAGCUUGACUAAACUAACUGGUUUAUUUAUCAAAAAUAAUAACUUAACAUCUCUUGAACAUGAAGUAUUUAAUGAAUUAGAAUCUUUAACUGAAUUGAAUUUGCGAUCCAACAAACUGACAAAUCUUCCGUCUAAUAUUUUCAAUAAGUUGAUCAAUCUGAAUAUUUUAGAUAUUGGUAAUAAUAAUUUACUAUCUCUUCCACAAGAUAUAUUCAGUAAAUUGUUUUCUCUGACUUGUUUGAAUAUAGAUACAAAUAAAUUGAUUAGUCUACAGCUUAAUACCUUUAAUAGCUUGUACAAUCUUGAAAUUUUAUCUAUUAGCAGUAAUAGUUUAAUAUCUCUUCCUCAAGGAAUAUUCGAUGAAUUGAAAUCUCUGAAUUUUUUGGAUUUGAAAUCAAAUAAACUGUCAAGUCUUGAAAAUAAUACUUUUAAUAGCUUGUUGUAUCUCAAAAAUUUAUAUAUCAACAAUAAUAAUUUAACAUCUCUUCCACAAAAUUUAUUCAAUAAAUUGGAAUAUCUACUUAGACUACAUUUGGGAUCCAACAGACUGACAAGUCUUCAGUCAAAUAUUUUCAAUGACUUGAUCAGUCUUAAAAUGUUAGAUAUUCAUAAUAAUAAUUUAACUGAUCUUCCAAUUGAUAUUUUCAAUAAAAAUCUAAAAUUGGAAUGCUUAAACUUACAAUCAAACAAUCUCAAUAAAUUAAAUCCUAAAGUUUUUACUAAUUUGACGCAGCUUUAUUUGCUGAAUAUUGAAUAUAAUAAAUUAAGUCUAACAGACGAUGAUAAAAAAUUAAUUUUAAAAAAUAUAAAACAAUGA